AUGAAGGUCUCUGUCAAACCCACGCCGACGAAUCAAGGCAAUGCGAAUCUCUUGGCGGCGAUUGAAGCUAUAGGAUCUGCAGCCCUCGCUUUCCCUACGCCCCAACAACAGACUAGCCCUACCGACUGCCAGAGCGAUCCCAUAGGGUGUGGCGAGGCUGCAAAUAAUAGUCCCAAUCGGGCUCCCAAUUGCAAAGAUCCCAAGGACUGCGUUGCAUACUGCCAAAGGAUCAUGGGAAACACCCCAGGCGUGGCGUCAAGCUGCUCUCCGAACAUGGACUCCACUGGCCAUGCGUCUGGCAGUGUCUGUACCUGCUGGAAUGGUUCGAGCGUAGUCGACAUCGCCAGCAGUGCUAUCAUUGGUAUCGGCGAAUCCGCUUGCUUUGCUUGGGUGGAAAGCAUUCCUCUUGGUGCUAAGGCUCUGCAAGCGAUUGCGAAGAUCUCAAACGUGCAAGCUCUUGCGUGGGCCGGAACAGUUCUCAAGGUUGGGGAUCAUUUGCUCGCCCAUGGAGCGAAGUUGGGAAAGUGCGAUAAUCCUUUCUGUCCGAAUCAUAAUUUUGUGGUUGUCGAUCCGGCUAAGGCGGAGCAGAUGCUUGGGGUUUUGAAUGUGUUGAUUAGGGGCAUUGCUUGGCUAUGGUGCAAUCGAGGAAACGAGAAUGGCUUGACAUUGGUCUUGGUAACAACGCUAUGCAGUGCUGCAAAAGAGACCGUUCCAUGCAUUAUCUUCUUCUUCAAUUGCCCUCUGUUAUCGCUCGUGUACUGGAGACCGAAGGUUGUACUUGCUGUCCACAGGAUGCGACCUUGA